AUGAAGCUGACCUGCAUGUUCUCCUUCAUCCUGCUGUUUGGAGCAGCUGGGCUCGUAGUCUUCAUCCACCUGCAGGAUCCAGAAGAAGUUGUCCAUCAGCAAUCACCGGGAAUGAGAUAUAACAUGGGAUCUCAGCAACCCAGAAAAGACUGUGUAUCCAGUAACAAUCAGGAUGGAAAAAUACAGGGAAAUGCUGGUGAUGAAUUUCCGGUUGUAGACCAGGGGGCUUCAUUACACCCAAUGGAGAAUGGACCUACGAGGCAUCAAAGCACAGGCAUAAAGCAGAACAUAUUGGUCAUGAUUAAAGACCAUCAGGGAAAAGGCACGGGAGUUCAUUCUGCCAGGACUCACAAACGAAGGAGGAGAUUUGUCAUCAAAAAGAGCCCUAUCCCAAUUGCUGUAAAUGGCUCCUUUCUGAACUUGCCCGUUGUGAAAUCAAAGGAUAGACAUGACGUUAAAUGGAAAAGCCUCUAUGAGACCCAAAGAGAACGAAAGCGGAUCAUGCAAGAGACGUGCUUGAAAUAUAGGAGCAACAACAAGAGAAUCAUCACGCCUUAUCAUGUUUCCAGGAUCUUCGUCGAAGAUAAGUACCGAAUUUUAUACUGCGAAGUUCCCAAAGCCGGUUGCUCCAACUGGAAGAGGGUGCUUAUGGUUCUUAAUGGACUGGCCUCCUCAACCAGAGUUAUCCAACACAAUACGGUGCAUUAUGGGAAUUAUCUGAAACGGCUGGAUGGAUUUGAUCGCAAAGGGAUCAACCAGCGGCUCAACACUUACACUAAGAUGCUCUUUGUUCGCGAACCUUUUGAAAAAUUGGUCUCGGCGUUUCGAGACAAGUUUGAGCAUCCCAACAAUUACUACCAUCCUGUCUUUGGCAGACCCAUCAUUUCAAAGUACCGCCUUAAUGCCACGAAGGAGGCCCUGAGGACAGGUUCUGGGGUGACCUUCAAAGAGUUCAUUCAAUAUCUUCUUGACGUGCAUCGCCCUGUAGGCAUGGACAUCCACUGGGAUCAUGUCAACAGACUCUGCAGCCCCUGCUUGAUAGACUAUGAUUUUAUAGGUAAAUUUGAAACCAUGGAGGAAGAUGCCAACUUCUUCCUGCAUUUAAUAAAUGCUCCACAAAAUUUGACUUUUCCGAGGUUUAAAGACAGACAUUCGGAUGAAGAGCGAACCACCACUCAAAUUACACAGCAAUAUUUCACACAACUCUCCCCUUCUCAAAGGCAACGCAGCUAUGAUUUCUAUUAUAUGGAUUAUAUUAUGUUUAAUUACUCAAAGCCUUUUGAAGACCUGUAUUAA